CAGAGCGAGACAGCAUGCUGAUCUUGUUCCUAGGGACAAUUGCAGAAACAUCAAUGGCCGUUCACUGUAUCCAUCGAAGUAGGCUCCAAAAAAGCCCUUUUCGCCAACACACAAGCAAAUUGACAAACAAGUGCGGUGCGUGCACUACCGGCGUCUCGGUGCUUAGCUGUUCGCUAUUUUUCGCAGCGUUUUGGAGCUGAAAAUUUAUGCAACUGGACCGUUUUCGAACCUGAAUAGUGUUGUUGAAACAUUCAUCGAACUACUUUUGUGCAAUUUUAAGGAAACAAGCGGAGCAAUUCGAUGUCCACAGAAACGAUGGACAGCUCAGAGAACGCAUCUUGUGAGGCUGUGUUUGGAAAGGAGGCCAUUUGCAAAGAUGUUAACAACAACGGAAUUUGCUUGGAGGAUGCUGCUGCUUUACCGGAUAGUAUCCCACCGAGUUACAUGAAGACUAUCACCUCGCUUACGAUGAGCCGUACACUCCGUGGUCCAAAGUAUCACUGCUACGAUUGCGAUUAUGUUUUGCCUACGCGGCUCAGCAUGAACACACACAUGAAGAUGCACCGGAAACCAUUCUGUCCGAUCUGUUACACAACGUUCGCAGAAGAGCAGGAAGUGACCGCUCAUACGGCCGAAAAUCAUUCAAUUUUGUUUUCCGCCGCAAUCACACCACUCGUCGUGCUGGACGAGCCAAUAGUGGUAAAGGACGAGCCAAUAGUGGUAAAGGAAGAGCAUGCUUUCUUCCAAACAGAAGUCCCGCCAAACUCUCCGACCCACGAGUACCACGGCCUGUCGGAGCUGGAGUAUGGAUUUGCGCACAGUAACAAUAGCUCGAUUCCGCUGCUACUUGCUGAGAAGCUGCGCGAGCAUCAAGAAAUGGUGAAUCGUGGUAUGCAAUCGAGGAAACGGUUGGACUCUUCUCACCAUCAGCGCCAUUCGCUGGAUGAAACGGAAGCACGCAGUGUCAUAAAGUCGCAUCGUAAUAGCUAUACCGGAAGGCGUGACAGACGGCCAUCGAUUGCUGGAGUGACCGGUAAGGUGCACAAACCGGCUAGCAAACCGAACCGAGCGACACCCUCCACACCGAAAGCCGGCACUAGUGCACGGGGCGAAAGCGUUGAUUCGGCGGAUACCGCACUGAAACGCAUCACAUCACGCUUCGGCCGGUCCAUUAGCCUUAAGAUUCCCCAAUUCUAAGGCCGUCUCAGGCUGGCGGUAAUACGAUGGCAGGACCAUGAUCUGUCGAGCGUUAUAAUUUAUCUCUUUCUUUAGCCAUAUUCUUCUAUGCUUCUAAAAUAGGAUGUUAUUACUAUCUUUCUGAUAAAAAAUUACACUGUAAAAAUGUGCACACUGAUGAACUCUCUGCAAGAAUUGUACUCGCCGAGGCGUUUAGAAUAAAAAGCUAAAAAUCGGCAAA